AUGGCUAUGGUUGAAAGGCAAAAGUUGAAAACGAAGGAUGUCCUUCUUCAAGACUGGGGCGAGGACUUGCCGCUAGUUCAGAAUGAUUCCGAAGAACGAGAGUUCAGUGCCUUUCAGUACCUCAAGAAGCUGCUGGACAUCGCAAGACGCAAGAGAGAGGCCCUGAAAAACCAGCUUGCUAAAAAAGAGGAGCAGUUCAAUCUACUUCAGCAAAACUAUCAGUACUUAAAGGACCGGUACCAGAGGCCGUUACAAGACCUCGGGGCAUUUGUCCGGAGCAUCAUCGAAGCAUUUGUCCGGAGCAUCAUCGAGCACACCAACCAGUCAUCAGAAGCUGCAGUGUCUCUUGAAGCAAGUCAGCUGGAAGACUUGAACCGUAUGCUGGCAGUGCUUCAGGAACGGGUCACAUCCUUGACAGUUAGGAACGAGCUCCUCGCUCAAGCAGAAACAGAGUGCGAGAGGAUAGACGAGAAAGUCAGCAGCCUCCUAAAACGCAACGGAAAGCUAGAAAGCGAAGCCGACAUUUUGUGGUCAAAACUUUCCUGCCUGGAGGAGCAAGCUGAGAUGCUCGUCAGCGACAACAAACAUUUUCAACAGCUAGCUGAGAACUUAAAACAGGCACGACAUUGCCUCGGGGAGGAGUUGAAGACUCAGCGCGAGCAGCACGUCAAGGCCACCAAGGAGAUAGAGAACAAGCACUGCACUGCGCUGGACGAAGCGGCCAAGUGUGAGGCAGCCCUAUCAGCGCUGAAGACAGACCACUCCCAGCUGUUGGACAAGUAUAACCACAUUAUAUACAGACACCGGAACCUACAGGAAGAGUUUCACGCGGCAGCCCAAGAGAAACGCAGUUUGGAUGACAGGUGCGCUCAGCUCACAAAAGAGUGGGCAACAGCCAGACGAGGUCUCGCAGUCUUCGAGGAGCAGCAGGGCGCAGUGGGACAAAAGACCAUGCAGGAGCUGCAAGAGCUGUGGCAAGCAAACCAGCAGUUGCAAGAGCGCUUUCGCCUGCUCAAGGACAAGCAUCUCAAGGCUGAAGAACGGUUGGUACAGGCGCCAAACCGAAAAGUGGAGGCCUCGAUGGAACAUGUCACCGAGGGCACUGGGGGUACAGCGAGAACUUUGGAGGCACCAGCAAGCCGAGUCAAGAUAGAGGAACUCUCCCGGCGGUACGAGUCCCUUUUAAAAUAG